UAAUGUCAAAUCUUCUUCAAAACAGCUGAUUUUCUGAUUUUUCUGUGGUCAGUGUGGUCCUGAUUUGGAUGAAAAGAAAAUUUUCAGUUUUCCAAAAUACGUAUUCUUCAAUCGAGAAAAAUUUUUCACUGAAGAGAAAACUCAACAUAACCUCAUAAUAUUGUAGGUCUGGUUGGAAAUAGUGAAACCAAUCUGCUAUGACUAGAGUGCCUUCCUAGGCCAUUAUAUAAUAUUUUUUGUGAUAUAUCUUAUAAGUCCUAAAUAUGUUGCGUUCCACUGUUAGCAAGAUACUUAGUGGAUCGAAAAUAAGCUCCAAAUAUUUAGCAGUCACUUGUAGAACCAGCUCUGAUGUUGCUAAAAAGCCAGAAAAAAUUGAAGUCUUCAUCGAUGAUCAGUCGGUUUUAGUUGAACCAGGAACCACCGUCUUACAAGCAGCAGCCCAAAUUGGUGUGGAAAUACCUAGAUUUUGUUAUCAUGAAAGACUUGCAGUGGCCGGAAAUUGCCGUAUGUGCUUGGUUGAAGUUGAAAAGUCACCUAAACCGGUUGCAGCUUGUGCUAUGCCAGUAAUGAAAGGAUGGCGUAUUAAGACUAACUCUGAAAUGACCAAGAAGGCUCGUGAAGGUGUUAUGGAAUUCCUACUGGUCAAUCACCCUUUGGAUUGCCCUAUUUGUGAUCAAGGUGGAGAAUGUGAUCUACAAGAUCAGUCGAUGGCAUUUGGCUCAGACAGAUCAAGAUUCACUGAUAUACAUUUUUCUGGAAAGAGAGCUGUGGAGGAUAAAGACCUAGGACCUUUGAUUAAAACAGUUAUGACCAGGUGUAUUCAUUGUACCAGAUGCAUAAGAUUCGCUUCUGAAGUCGCUGGUAUCGAUGAUUUAGGAACUACUGGUCGUGGUUCAGACAUGCAAAUUGGCACCUAUGUUGAAAAGUUAUUCAUGUCGGAAUUAUCUGGAAAUGUGAUUGAUCUCUGCCCUGUUGGAGCCCUAACUAGUAAACCCUAUAGUUUUACCGCUAGACCGUGGGAAAUAAGAAAGAUUGAUUCGAUAGAUGUUUUGGAUGCUGUAGGUUCUAAUAUUGUAGUUUCUACUAGAACAAAUGAGGUAUUACGUAUCCUGCCUAGAUUAAAUGAAGAAAUCAAUGAAGAAUGGUUAGCAGAUAAAGCUAGGUUCGCAUAUGAUGGCCUGAAAAGGCAACGUCUUAUUACUCCCAUGUUGAAAGAUAAUAAAAAUCAGUUGACUCCAGUAGAUUGGGAAGUCGCUCUUCUGACAGUUGGAAAAGUUCUUCAACAGGCAGGACCCAAUGUUGCCGCUAUCGCUGGCGGAAUGGCAGAUGCUGAAACCCUUGUGGCUGUCAAGGACUUGUUGAAUCGUUGCGACUCCGAGUUGACUUGCACUGAACAUGUAUUCCCAAUGGAUGGUUCGGGCACUGAUCUGAGAUCAUCUUACUUGUUGAAUGAUAAAAUACAGGGUGCGGAAGAAGCAGAUGCGAUUCUUCUCAUUGGUACAAACCCAAGAUUCGAGGCUCCUCUCUUAAACACCCGCAUAUUGAAAACUUACCGCUAUAAUGAGGCCGAGGUAGCAGUUAUUGGCCCCAAGGUCGAUCUACCCUACGAAUACCACCAUUUGGGUAACAGUUCAAAGGCAAUAAACGACGUAGCUAAAGGUACAAGUCCCUUCUGUAAGAUUCUGAAGAACGCAAAGAAACCGUUGAUAAUUGUUGGAGCGGAUCUCUUGAAGAGACCUGACGGAGCUGCAAUUCUCUCAACGGUUCAGUCCAUCUCUGCACAACUUCCAAACAAACCAGAGGGUUGGAAAUCUUUGAACAUCUUACACAAAGUUGCUAGUCAGGUUGCCGCUUUGGACAUUGGUUAUACGCCUGGUAUUGAAAAAAUCCGUCAAGCCAAACCGAAAGUACUGUUUUUGAUUGGGGCCGAUGAAGGAGCAAUAAAUAAGGAAGAUUUGCCUCAAGACUGUUUCAUCGUUUAUCAAGGUCAUCAUGGAGAUCAAGGUGCCAGCAUAGCUGAUGCUGUUUUGCCCGGUGCAGCUUAUACGGAAAAACAAGCCACCUACGUCAACACCGAAGGUAGAGCUCAACAAACGUUGCCUGCAGUCAGUCCACCAGGCUUGGCUAAGGAAGAUUGGAAAAUUAUUAGAGCGUUGUCUGAAAUCAUUGGGAUGAAAUUACCAUACGACGAUUUGAACGAAAUUAGGAGUAGGUUGAAUGAGGUAGCGCCACAUUUGACCAGGUACGGAGAGGUUGAGGGCGCUAACUACUUCAAACAAGCUGCCCAACUUUUGCAGGACAAGAAGUUGGUUGAUGAUGGUCCGAUCGAUGUAAAGAUUAAAGAACUGAAAGAUUACUAUAUGACAGACUCCAUAAGCAGAGCUUCAACUGUAAUGGCGAAAUGUGUACAAGCCGUAAUGAAACAGAAAGAAUCAAAAUAUUGAAAUUAUAGAAGUAUGUUCUAGAAUAAAUACACAAUUGUAAAUUGUUUUGUAAAAUAUAAGAGCAAAGGCUAUGAAGGCGCUUCAAUAAAA